AUGUAUCAUAGUUAUAUUCUCAGGAGCUUUUGUAUAUAUCGUAAUCACACGCGAUCCUUUUCAGAUUCCAGUUGUGGCGCCGGGAGAAAUGCUGCUGGGGGUGCCGGCGGGUCUAGUGGUAGCGGAGGUGUUCGCGGUGUUACUGCGGGAGGAAAUUGCGAUGGGGUGGAGCGAAGAAUGGUCGACAUUACCAGAGAUAAGCCAAUCAAAGUUGCUGUCAGGGUACAGGUCCCUGUUCGGGAUCACCCGAAGUUUAAUUUCGUCGGGAAAUUAUUAGGACCUAAGGGCAACUCGUUGAAGCGUUUACAAGAAGAGUGUGGCUGUAAGAUGGCUGUUUUGGGUCGCGGUUCGGUAAAAGAUCGUCAAAAGGAGGAGGAGCUGCGAGCUAGUGGUGACCCGAAAUUCUCCCACCUCAGCGAAGAUCUUCAUGUUGAAAUUAGCGCAUUUGCUACUCCAGCAGAAGCACAUGCUCGGAUUGCCUAUGCUCUUGUAGAAGUUCGUCGAUUUCUUGUACCUGAUUACAACGACGACAUAAGACAAGAACAAAUGUGGGAAAUGCAAAUGAUGAACAACACAGAAAAUAAUCCUCAAGACUUACUGUCAAGUCCCGAAGACACUUUGUCAGAACCGGCAGCCUCUCCGGUUUCCAGUACGACGAACGGAAACGGUACUACCAUCGAUCAGGAGUCUUCCUCGAAGCUUGGAGUAACGCAAAUGAGCCAAGCGAAUGGGUUGUUGAUAGGAUGCCGUAAGCGACCGCUAAUCUCAUCGGGAAAUCGACCCGCCAUGUCGCCAAUUAAACGAACAGUUAUGUCACUAUUGGCACGAGCUCGUGCUGCUCAGCACAAAGAGCUACAUCAGCAAGUAGGAAUGGUUUCCAAUCAAACAUCGGCAGCACUACAUCAAAGUCAGUUGAAUUUGUUGGCUGCGCCGGCGGUACACACGGUUGCUCAGGUGCCGCAAUUGCAUCUAAUAGGAUCAUCAAUUCCACAGCACACGGCUCCUCGACGACCACCGAUCCUUCCAGCUCCUCUUCCCCAGCAUCAGAUGCUAGGCCCUACGAUACACGGUGUAAUACACACCCAGUGAGUAUUUUUGGCUGA